AGGCACACCGUUGGUUGGCUCGGAGAGUGAGUGGGGUAAAGGUGAACGCUGUCUGGAGCCGCAGCUGCAGACAACAACACAGCGAGCUCCUUUCACUCGGUCAGCCGUCGACAGGAACCAAAUGCCCGGUAUCGAUGCUGUAAAAUAAAGUCAACGCAUCCCGGAGAAGCUAAGCUAGCAAGAGAAGAAAUGGCCAGUCGAUUGGCAGGUACUCUGCCUGAGCGGACCUUUCAGUACCAGAACAGUCUGCCUCCCCUGCCUGUACCUCCGCUAGAUGGAAGCCUUUCUAAGUACCUGGAUGCAGUUCAUCCGUUUGCAUCAGAAGCAGAGUUCAAAGCUACAGUGGAGAUUGUGAGGAAAUUCAGAGAAGGUGUUGGAAAAGAGCUACACCAGAAACUGCUGCAGAGAGCCAAAGAAAGGAGGAACUGGCUGGAGGAGUGGUGGUUAGACACAGCCUACCUGGAGGUCCGAAUCCCCUCUCAGCUGAAUGUAAACUUUGGCGGUCCUGGGCCGUACUUGGAGCAUUUCUGGCCUCCUGCUGAAGGAAGUUCUCUGCAGAGGACCAGUAUUAUAACAUGGCACACGCUGCAGUACUGGGACCUGCUCCGCACGGAGAGACUCGCUCCCCAGAAAGCUGGGAAAACCCCGUUGGACAUGGAUCAGUUCAGGAUGCUCUACUGCACCUGCAAGGUUCCUGGAGUGAAGAAGGACACCAUUCGUAACUACUUCAAGACAGUGAGCGAGGGGCCGUGUCCUUCCCACCUGGUGGUGAUGUGCCGCGGACGGAUUUUUACUUUUGAUGCACUGUUUGAUGGACAGAUCCUCAGUCCUCCAGAGCUCCUCAGGCAGCUGAUCUUUGUGAAGGAGCGCUGUGAAGGAGAGACAGAGGGAGACGGAGUUUCUGCUCUCACAUCCGAUGAGCGGACUCGCUGGGCGAAGGCAAGAGAGCAUCUAAUCAGCAUCGAUCCGCACAAUAAGACGAUUCUGGAGACCAUUCAGAGCAGCCUGUUUGUCAUCUCUCUGGACGAAUCCAAACCCUACUCGACUCCAGAGAACUACACAAAUCUGACGGCGGCGGCCCUUACAGGCAACCCGACCAUCCGGUGGGGGGAUAAAUCCUACAACUCAAUCGCUUUUGCAGACGGCACUUUUGGAUCCACCUGUGAUCACUCACCAUAUGAUGCGAUGGUUCUGGUGUCAAUGUGUUGGUAUCUUGACCAGCAAAUCAGAGCUACAGAGGGACAGUGGAAGGGCUCAGACACGGUCAGGCAGAUCCCCCUCCCUGAGGAGCUGCUGUUUACUCUGGAUGAAAAAGCCUACAGUGACAUUCAUCAUGCCAAACAGCAGUAUCUGGAGUCUACCCAGGACCUUCAGAUCGUGUGCUACGCCUUCACAGCUUUUGGAAAGUCAGCCAUCAAGCAGAAGAAGUUGCAUCCAGACACUUUUAUCCAGCUGGCAAUGCAGCUAGCUUACCAAAGAUUGCACAAGAAACCAGGAAGCUGCUAUGAGACGGCAACGACGCGCAGGUUUUACCACGCCAGGACGGAGACUAUGCGGCCCUGCACACAGGAGGCUGUGAGCUGGUGCAAGGCCAUGAUGGACCCUGCAUGUGAUGCGAACGGCAGGAGGACCGCCAUGCUCUCAGCUUUUAAUAAACACAACAAACUGAUGUCCGAGGCUCAAGAUGGAAAUGGUUUUGACAGACAUCUCCUUGGGCUUUAUCUCAUUGCUAAAGAAGAAGCACGUCCGACCCCUGAGCUGUUCUCUGACCCGCUUUACUCCAGGAGUGGCGGCGGUGGGAACUUUGUGCUGUCGUCCAGUCUGGUGGGCUACACAACAGUAAUGGGGGCGGUGGCGCCGAUGGUUCACCAUGGUUACGGUUUCUUUUACCGCAUCAGAGACGACAGGAUUGUGAUCUCCAUCACAGCUUGGAAGUCCUGCCAUGAGACAGAUGCAGCCUCACUCUUUAACGUCUUCUCCAGCUCCAUGCAUGAGAUGCUCCAACUGGCCACCACUUCUCAGCUUUAAGUACUUCUCCAAAACCAGAAGGAUCUAAUCAUUUCUUAUUCUUAUUCUUCCGUGCACAUGCAGCUCAGGCUGAGUUUAAACCGACAGCUAGAUCAGCACAAAUCGAUGCAAAGGAGCAGUCUGCCUCUCUAUUGGAGUUCUACUAAUUGUAGUAUUUUCAAAUUUCUUGUAGACAUUAAUUUCUGUUAUAAAUUCAUAUUGUGUGUACAUAUAUUUCUUUGAAUUUUCUAGAUUUGAUGUAAAAUUUGUUGAUUUGUAUUUAAUUGUUGCAACAAAAAACAUUUGCGGCUUCUACCGACAGACCCUGAAUCAGCCUCCAUGUUGAAAUCAAAUUUUCUGAAAUACGAAACAGAGUUCUGGCUGUGAAGUGAAUAGUCUUCACAGAACAGAUUUUGUUUGUCUAAAUAUUCCCAUUAAUGAAGCCCAGCAGCUCAUUAAAUGAACAUAACAAUCAGUACUGAUACUCACUCUACUCACUCAUAUAAAGAAAUCUAAUGGUUUGAGGAGGAGGGCAGCUAAGGCAUUCUGGCAUUAAUGUAAAAUGUCUCUCUGCUGAUUUGUAGUAAACACUGUAUACUGAAAUAUUUGAAAAUAUUCAUGCCUUAAAAUGGACUGUUCCACACCUUUGCCGCCUUUUAAUAUUCUCAGAUCGGUGAUUAUGCAAGCUGACUCUACCUCUUCAUGAUAAACAAAUGGAUUCCUCACCUUUGAUCUAUGGAUGGAUUCAUUAAAUUAAUUUUAAUUGUGCAUUUUUAGAACUGUGGCUAUUGUAAGGCUUCACAAACGUUUUGGCUUCCAGUGUUUGGGUGUUGCUGCGUUUAAGAAAAUACAUAAAAAAAUGUGAUUUUACAACCUUUUUAUCAUGUUAAAACCACAAACUUCAAUGUAUUUUAGUGGGAUUCCCUUUGACAAAGUUAUGUAUAAAUGCAAAGUUAAUAAUGAUAAUCGGUUCCCACAUUUGUAUUUUUGUCAGUACUUAGUUUGUAGAACUACACUUAAGAACUGAAAUUUGGAUGAAGAGCAUCUGUGAUCAUUCAUAAAAUGUUGCAUUUAAUCAUGAAGAAAAAUGAAUAAAUUAUGAAAAAUGUAGCCCUGUUUGUUAUGAAAAGGCAGUCGGCCCUCUUGAUACAAGAGAAAGCUCAGUUUGUUAAGAAAUUAAUCGUCAGUUGAUCUUUAGAUUAACUCUUUAAUUAAUAACUUGUAUUCCUAGUUCUGUUGUUUUUUAGCCAAAAUCCUUAAGCGGGAACAUUCCUGUUGAAUGUGAGGGAAGCUCAACGUGUGUCCCGUCUUUCUCACACCACAGCAUCACACGUUGAGGGAAGAUCAUUCUCUACAUUACCCUUUCCUUUGUGGAAAGUCCAAGGAGCCAUAGGCUGCAAAUCCCUGGUCUAGUCCAUCACAUCCCAGUGAAACAUGUUGUAGUUGGUGGUUGAAAUGUGACAAAAUGUGGAAAAAUCUAAGAAUAAGACACUGUGAAGCUACGUUAAGGUGUUUGCUGCCUUGUUUAUUGAUCUAAAACCUCAACUGCUUUGAACACCAAACAAAAGGCUGAAUGUUUCUAAAUGGCUACUGACAAAUGUCCCAGACUUUUGAUUUUAACAGCAUUCUUUACGCUUUUAUAAAUGUCAUAGCUGAUGAAUUGUUUCAAUUCUGAACACAUUUAUUGGGGGAAGGGAAAGCUAAUUAUGUAUGCAAACAUUGUAAUUUGUUGUAAAAAGUCUUUUGAGAAAUAAACAAGAGAGAAUGA